UGGGUUGGCGCCACUUUGGCAUAGGAUUAGGUUGCAAUUGUUUCCAGUCCGGGGCUGUUGCCCGCGCUGGACUUGCCCGAGUAUUCAAUUGAGGUAAAUUCGAUACAACUCUAGAAAGAGCGGAUAGACAGAGUGUUGGAGAGAGAGAGGAGAGAGAGCAGUGAGGAGAAGAAAAUGGGGGGAGGAAUGGAAGCAAACAAGAACAAGUUCAUAGAGGAGUGGGGAUCCGUGAGAGAAAAUCUCGAGUACAACUUCCGCUGGACUCGCCGCAACUUCGCCCUCGUUGGCAUCUUCGGCAUCGCCCUCCCUAUCUUGGUUUACAAGGGCAUCGUCAGAGACUUUCACAUGCAAGAUGAGGAUGCAGGCAGACCAUACAGGAAGUUUCUAUGAGUAAUCAGAGAAUGUUUGACAAUAAUUGUGGGACUAGUCAUAGAAUGUAACCUACUGAACCGCAAGUAUCCCUCUCCUGGUGGAGGGAAGUGUUUCCUUUUCUUUGUUGAUCUAUGGAACGUAAUGUUAAGAGGUAUGCAUUGUGUUUGGAUUGUAUUUGUCUCUUAAGAAUGCUGCACAAUCGAUGGUAAACUUCUGCCUUUUGUAAUA